AUGUCCGCCAUCGUCACCAAGGCCACCGGCCUCGUCAACUCGGUCGUUACCAAAUCCGGAGAAUUGGCCAACUGUGCCGUUUACUGGGGUAAAGUCGGCGCCGAAAUGGGCAAGAUCGUCUACAAAGCCGAAGGAUUGGCACCACCAUCCCAGGCCGAGUUCCAGAAGGUCUACGGUUCUUUCGUCAAGUUCGUGAAGGGCUCUGACCACGGUGCUGUUAUUGCCAAGAACUUCAAGGCUCUUGGUGCCAACAACAAGGAGGCUGCUUACAAGCUCGGAGCUUUGGGUUUGCAAUGUUACGGAUUCUUUGCUUUGGGUGAGAUGAUCGGUAGAAGACACAUUGUUGGAUACCCAUCUGUUCAUGGCGAGCACCACUAG